CGCUCACGCGCCUCGCUCAGGUGAUGUCAUUUGCCACUGUGGCUGGCCGGAAGUCAAGCCGGAUGUAGUUUGGGCAACGAGGUCAAGACGCCAGAAAGGAAUUGUGGGAGUUGUAGUGACAUUGUAACGGUGUCAGCCGGUGUCAUGACAACCAAGCUAACCGAUGUCAAAAUGUCAGAUUUCCGAGUCAGUGAAGAAGGAGCUCAGGAGAGUCCAGGCUGUUCUUUGACCAGGGCAGUGGAGGAUGUGGGUCAACACAGCUAUGUCCAGACCGAGGCCCUGAAAGAGAAGCAGGAGACACUCAGCUCCCUGCAGGCGACCCUUUCAGACAUCGAGACAAGAGGUGAGACGGCAGAGCAGGAGCUGAGAUCCAAAGUGAGGGAAACUCUGGUGCUUGAGGGCGACAUGGAGCAGCUGCAGCGGCAGACUAAAGUCCUGCAUGGUCGCUACACAUCCAUCAGCAAAGAAAACACAGAGCUCCAGAUUCUUAUAUGUGAGGAGGAGGACAGUGCCCGCGUGGCACUGGACGGGUUCAACAGCUACCGGUAUAAGAUGGAGGUUCACAGAGCAGCUGUGUUGCACGCGGCGAGCCACACAGAGGCCUACAAGGAGCUGGAGGAGAAGAGAGCGCUGGUCAGGAUGUAGCUGAAGGACGAUUUGAAGAGCUCGAAUGGAAACACAGCACAUACGGCAAAGAGAGAGAUUGAUGUUCUGAAGGAGGAGAUCUCUGUAGUAACGAAGAUCAUAGCUGAGCGGAGGGAGCAAUUUCAAAAAGAGUUUGAGACUCAUACCCAGAUUAAGAAAGACAAAGAGAUCCAGAACAGUCGUUAUGAGGCCAUCGUCAAGCGCCUUCACUGCCAACUGAGCAGGGCCCAGGUUGUGCACAGGCAAAUGUGUGAAGAUAUCUACCACAUGGAGAGGCAGCUCGCAGAGCUUGAGAAGCAGCAGGAGUCAUCACAGGACCAGUGAGCUGUAGAGUAAACUUGUCUAAUUUCAAUAUGAUUUAUGAUACAGUUUUAUACAGGUUAAUUGUCUCCUCGUCAGAUUAAAUGUAAACUGGUGUGCUAGUAUUAUUAUGGGUCUCUUUGUAAAAGAAUUGUUGCUGUUACUAAAUUUGAACAGCAGGCGGCAGCAGUGUCAACUAAAAUCUAACCUGAUCUGUUUAACUUUAUCACAAACCCCCUCACCGACACUGGUAAAGACUGGCAGUUUGAUACCAGAUGUUAAAAUGACAUGAAAUGCUGAAUGUGUUCCUCUAAACGCACAAGCUGAGUCUCAGCGAGAAAAAGAGUAGUGUUCAAAUAUUUGCCUGUUGGUACAUUAUUAAAUGUCCUUCGAUAACAGGUCAGAGUGUUCAUUUAAUAAGGGCUGUCCUGGGACCAGAUCGGGGGCAACAUCAGCAGGGUAUGGGAUGGGGUUUUAGGUUGGGUGGUGACGGCGCAAUCGGCUUGUCCAGUGUGUGUGUGUGUCCACAACAGUGGCCCAAGGGGAACAAAAGCCAAGUGUCCAAACUGUAACUGUCGACGCGAUGGUGUUGUUCUGGAACACGCUGUUCCUAGUGUCCGCUUCACUGGGCUGAAUGAUGGACUGAGAGAUGACAGUCCCACUGUCGACUAACAAGGGCGUGACUGUGCUGCUUUGACACAAGCUCAAAACUGAUUAAACGAUGAAAAUGCCUUUUUAGAAUAUUUCUCCUCACGAGAAUGUUUUUUUUUGUCAGGCUCUGAGUAAAGCUAUGACUUGUGAAAUUGAGUACAUCACCCACAUUUAUACACUAUGUGAAUUGUGUUCUUUUAGACCACAUGUCCCUUUUCUUUAUCAGAACAGUGAUAUGCACAUGUUGGGCGGGGACAACAUGUGAUG